AUGAGCGACUGGGACGCAUCCUCAGGAGACGAAGCCCCAAAGAAGUCGGUCCCCCUCACUUCGAACCGCAGAGGCAAAUUCGAUGACGAAGAUGUAGAAGACGACGUCAAAGAUGACUGGGGAGCCUCCUCCGAAGACGAAGCACCCAAGCCAUCUGCUUCCACCGCAGCUGCCGCUCCUGCCAAGAAGAAGAUGUCAUUCAAGCAAAAAGUAGCAGAGAAGGAGGCAGCAGAGCGCAGACGAAUGGAGCUGGGUCUGGCGCACGGACAGGAUAAGGAGGAGAUCGACGUUCUCGAGUACGACCCCAUCGCAGCUAGGAGGGCGGAGAGAGCUGCGCAAAUUAGAGCUGAUGUGGGCAACGCCGCGGAUCUGCUGGGCGUGGCAGAUAUCGGCGACGACGAUGGGGACUUCGACGAUAUACCAAAGCCGGCGGCCAAGCCAAAGGCAGCUCCUGGCUCCUCCUCGUCAGCAGCCACAGGACCACUUCCCAGCUGGGCGACGGCUUCCACUCCGCGCACAAAGACCGAAUGGGAAUCUCUGGCCGCAUCCCUCUAUUCCUCUACCCUCAAGACUCACGCAGCAAAGGACGCAGGAGGCUUUGCCAAGCACUUUGUUCCCGCCUUGACCAAGCAUCUCACCACCUCGAUGCGCGACGUGGAUGUGCGCAAGCUCUCUACCAGCGUCAAGGGGUGGGCGGAAGAGAAGACCGCGGCUGAGCAGGCUGCUAGAAGGGCUGGAGGGAACAUGGGAGGACCGGCAGGCAGCAGAGCCGCUGCAGCUGCUGCGACGGCCGGAGGAGCCAAGCCUAAGACGGUGGGGACGUCGAGUGCGAAGAACACCACAGACCUCAAGUCGUACGGAGAUGAGGCGCUCGAUGACGCUGAUGCAUACGAUGAGGACCUCGACUUCAUGUAG